AUGGGAAGAGUCACCGCCCUCAACUUGAAUAAUCAAAAGCUCAUUGGCACAAUACCUCCUGACAUUGGGAAUCUCACCUUCUUGAGGCGUGUUCAUCUAGAGGCGAAUCGGCUCCGAGGCAACAUUCCAGAAGAGUUCGGGAGGUUGUUUAGACUGAAGACUCUUGGCCUCUUGAAAAAUGAACUUGAAGGGGAGAUACCGCGAAAUUUGUCAUCUUGUAUCACAGGUCAUAUCCCUCCAGAAAUUGAGAAGCUAAAUGGUCUACAGGUCUUGGCGUUGUACAACAAUAGCAUCAGCGGUGAGAUUCCCCAUGGCAUUGGUAAUCUAUUUGAAGGAAGUAUACCGCCUUCUUUAAGGACCCUGAUUGGCCUUCAGUCACUAGAUCUCUCAAGAAACAAUUUUUCCGGUCAUAUUCCCAUCUAUUUCGUGAAUUUUACUGUGCUCGAAGUGUUGAAUUUGUCAUUCAACAACCUUGAAGGAGAGGUACCGCGGGAGGGAUUUUCAACGAUACAAAACGCAUAUCGAUAA